AUGUGGAUAUCACAAACACAGAUCGAGUUUUCCCCUGUCUAUGUUACUGCAGGAUUUUUAUAUUACCUCUUAUUCUUCAGGAAUAGAGAGAGUUCGGUGACCUCUGAGUUUGGCAGCACCCGGCAUACAAAGAAGAUUUUGAGGACAUCCUGUGGGAUUAACAGAUAUAACAUCUCUUUUUGGGAACUGAACUUCAUAAGACUAUUUGCCCUCUUUUUGGAACCGCAAUUAAAGGGCACCUGUUCUGUAUUUGAAUGUACUUUAUUGAUCCUUUUCCCAUUUAAUAAAAUUGACUGUAAGAAUUUGGUGGAAAUUUGUCCAGCUUUAUUUGAGCUUGCACCCACUACAAAACCAGUUGCCAUGAGAAAACCUUUCCUUAAUGAGACCAGCAUGUCUGAGUUCCUGAUCUUAGGAUUCUCUAUCACUGAUGAGCUUAGAGUUCACCUUUUCCUGUUUUUUCUGCUAAUUUAUCUUCUGACCAUGUUGAACAACCUUUUGAUCAUAACCCUUGUCCUGUAUGACUCUCGCUUGCAGACCCCUAUGUAUUUCUUCCUAUGUAAUUUGUCAUUCCUUGAUAUCUUCUACACGUCUGUCACUGCUCCAAAACUUCUGUAUAUAACCCUCACAAGCAACAAAAUUAUUUCUUUUAGAGCAUGCAUGACUCAACUGUUUUUCUUCAACUCUUUUGGAAGCACAGAAUACCUUUUACUAACAUCUAUGUCAUAUGAUCGUUAUGUAGCUAUCUGCAAACCACUGUUCUACAAUUUGCUUAUGAACAGACAUGUUUGCCAGAUAUUAGUGGGUGCUGCAUGGGUCGCUGGAUUGUUAGCCGCUAUGCCCAUUAGUGUGUUCAUUUCUGAUCUUCAAUACUGUUCUUCAAACCAUAUAAAUCAUUUCUUUUGUGAUCUCACACCUUUAUUGUCACUUGCUUGUAAUGACACAUUUCCUGUACAGAUUAUAAUAUUUUCAGAGGGUGUAUUAAUCGUUAUGAACUGUUUUUUACUCACAAUAACAUCAUAUAUCCAUAUUAUCUCUGCUAUUCUCAAGAUACCUUCCAGGGAAGGAAGACACAAAACGUUCUCCACUUGUGCUUCUCAUCUCACUGUAGUGAGUCUGUUCUACAUCAUGAUCACCUGUAUGUACAUGAAACCAGCAUCUUCAUACUCACUGAAUGACGGGAAAGUCAUAUCAGUCCUUUAUGUCAACAUAAUUCCUUUGUUAAACCCCCUUAUAUAUAGUUUAAGGAACAAAGAUGUGAAAGCUGCAAUAAAUAAACUAUUUGCCUGA